UAUGCACUGAUGUGCAUGUAAGCGUUCUACCAUUAGUAAAACAGAAAUUCCAGAAAAAAAUAAAAAAAAAGUUCCAUGCAAUUUCACAAACUUUCAGGAUUAGGGUUUCGCUUCCUACUCUCUCUUUUCCCUCUUUGGUCUCUCACUUCAACGACACUGGAAUCAGAAAAAGCUCAAAGCUUUGAAAUUAGUUAAGGAGAAAAUAAAUAUAUUUCUUUUGGAAAUUUUGAGGGAAAAAGAUGGAUGAAGGGGAGGGAGGGGAUCAGAUGGAUCAGUUCCAUAGAAACGAAGCGAUCUCGGCCGUUGCUGAUGAGGGUUUUUUAGGUGAAGAAGAUGAUGAUUAUGAAGAUCUUUACAAUGAUGUUAAUGUUGGUGAAGGGUUUCUUCAGUCUUUAAGAAAAAACGAAGCUUUAGGGUUUAGAAACGAGGAAACUAAGAAUAGUGCAAAUAAAAAUAGCGGUGGGAAAGUUGGUGGGUCACCAAUGGGUGCACUGGAAUCUGGUGUUUCAAUUCCUGGGGUUGCUGGUGGUGGUGAAAGAGGGGAUUCUAGGGUUUCUUAUGAGAGUCAAGGGUUUAGAGGUGGUGGUGCUGGUGUUGAUGUGAAGGGACCUAGCGUGGGCAUUGGUGGUGGUGGGGCUGGGCUUAGGGUUGAAUUAGCGCAGGAGUCAAGUAAGUUGAGUGAGAUGGCUGCGGGGCAGAGCGGGAAUAAUAAUAGUAGUUUAGGUGUUGUAGGUGGUAGGGGACAGCAGGUACAUAGUGUAGGGAAUGUGGGGAGUGUUGAGAAUGACGGUUUUAUGAGGCAAGGAGGAGUAGGGGUUGGGAGUGUCAAUGGUGUUGCUGGCAGCGGUGGUGGCAGUGGUCCUAUGAUUGGGAAUGGGGGUGGAAAUGUGGGUGUUGGUGGUCCUGGUGUUGGUGCAAGUGGUGGUGGAGGUGGUGGGACGAUAUUGUUUGUUGGAGACUUGCACUGGUGGACAACAGAUGCUGAACUGGAGUCAGAGUUGUGCAAGUAUGGGCCCGUGAAGGAAGUUAAGUUUUUUGAUGAGAAAGCAAGUGGGAAGUCAAAAGGGUAUUGUCAGGUUGAAUUUUAUGAUCCAGCCGCAGCCACAUCUUGUAAGGAGGGAAUGAAUGGGCAUAUGUUUAAUGGAAGGCCUUGUGUUGUUGCCUUUGCAUCACCAUUUACUGUUAAGAAAAUGGGAGAGGCUCAAUUAAAUAGGAAUCAACCGAUGGCACAGUCUGCUCUUUCGCAAGCUAGGAGGGGCCCUAAUGAUGCUGGAGGCAAGACUGCUGCCAAUAACAUUCAAACUGGAGGGAAUUAUCAAGGUGGGGAAAAUAAUAGAGGUUAUGGCAGAGGGAAUUGGGGAAGAGGCAAUGCUCAGGGUAUGGGAAAUAGAGGGCCAGUUGGUCCUAUGAGGAAUAGGGCUGGUGGGAUGGGUGGUAGAGGUAUCAUGGGAAAUGGUGGAAAUGGAUUUGGACAGGGUAUUGGUGCGACGCCUCCUCUCAUGCACCCACAGUCUAUGAUGGGUCAAGGUUUUGAUCCUGUUUUCGGUGGACCCAUGGGAAGAAUGGGCGGUUAUGGAGGCUUUCCUGGUGCUCUAACGCCUCCAUUUUCAGGGAUUUUACCUUCGUUCCCUCCUGUUGGAGGAGUUGGUUUGCCUGGAGUGGCUCCUCAUGUUAACCCUGCAUUUUUUGGAAGAGGUAUGCCCAUGAAUGGUAUGGGCAUGUUGCCCACAAGUGGUGUUGACGGGCCUAAUAUGGGAAUGUGGUCAGAUCCCAGCAUGGGAGGAUGGGGUGGAGAUGAGCAUGGUGGUGGGAGAGCUGGAGAGUCUAGUUAUGGGGAGGAAGUUGCAUCUGACCAUCAAUAUGGCGAAGUUAGUCAUGAUAGAGGAGGUUGGCAAAACCCCAUGAAAGAAAAAGAUAGAGCUUCAGAAAGGGAGUGGUCUGGUUCAUCUGAAAGAAGGUUUCGUGAUGAUAGAGAACCAGGGUAUGAUAGGGACAUGCCUAGGGAGAAGGAUAUGGGCCAUGGCCAUGAUUGGCCAGAAAGAAGGCACCGGGAUGAUAGAGACAUUGGUCGAGAUCAUGAUAGGGAGCAUGACAGAGAUAGGGAGCGCUCUCGAGAUCAUGACCGCGAUCGUGAUAGAGAACGUGAUCGGGACAGGGAUAGGGAUCGAUAUAGGGAAGACAGAGACAGAUAUGCAGAUAAUCAUAGGUACAGGGACCGUGAACCAGAGCAUGAUGAUGAUUGGGAUAGGGGACGGUCAUCAAGGACUCACAGCAAGUCACGAUUAUCACAGGAGGAGGAGCAUCGAUCAAGAUCUAGAGAUGCUGAUUAUGGGAAGAGGCGACGGCUUACCUCAGAGUGACUUACGUGAUGCUUCUUAUAGCUGAAACAAUAUGUUAGAAAAAUAAUAAAAAAAUCAGUAACUGCAGAAAGUUUCAUCAUUCUCUUUUGAUGUCUCCUUCAAACUGUUGGUAUUGUGGUCAUCAAUUCAUAGCCAUUCUUAGUUCAUUGCCCGAAUUUGUUGAUCGCUUCUCUUCCCUUGGAGUAUAGUCUCAAUUUUUCAUGAAAGAACUUGAAGGUAUUUGAUCUUGACAUUUGAAGCUGUUGAGCAGAAAUAUGGGUAUCGUGGAGAUGGAGAUGAUCUCAGUGAGAGAGACGACAGUAGAUGGUGUUUCCUUUUGCCGGCAUUCAUGUAGAAGUGGAAAUCAAGCGUAUAAGUUUUUAGCUUUCUUUUGCCUUUAUGUUUUAGUUAAUCAACACUUGAUGAAACCCAUGUUGUGGAUGAUGUUAUGGCUUGAAAUUUCUUAGGUCUGAGAUGUGGUAGAUUAUUUCAGAACUUAAAAAGUUUGAAUGUGAUGUAAUAGUAAUUAGUUGAGGAUGUUGCUGCUGAUGUUUAUUUUCUGUUGGUUGGUUGUAUCAUUUUUGCCCCCCAUUUUUUCUUUUUUGGGUUAGUUUUAGUGUACCAUUAUGUUAACCAUGCAAUUUUUGAAGAGGGAUGUAGAAUACUAACCAUUUGGUUUGAGCAAUGCCAUUGUUAGAGCCUUGAGGAUUGUACAAAGUGACUUUGUAUAUAAGAAAGAUUUUUAUUCAAGCUUCUUGUUCUUUAACCUUUUUGCCCAUCUUUUCUAGAUGUUCUGAUUGAAUGAGUUGCUGAAAUAUAAAUCUUGCGUAUAGGGAUUUUACAUGCUCAUUAUCUAAAUCAUUAAAUGCAAAUAUAUAUUAUUUUUAGGCUACUUGAGCUUAAUGGAGAUUAGGGUUGGGGCAAAAACUUCAAUUGAACCCUACUACUCCUCUCUUGCAUGUGUGUGGGUAAAAAAAAAAUUCCAAACUUCAAGUUCAAGACUUUUGUUUAUAAUUUCCUUGUCUACUUAUGUUACUCUUCCUACUAUUUGAGCAGUAAACUCAAAAUUUCAUGUAAAAAAACAUCAAUUCCUUGCUUGAAUCCUUCUUUUAAACCAUAAGUUGGAGGAC